AUGCUUUUUAUUUCACAAUAUUCAUCUCCAUCCGAGUCCAUUCUUCCUUCAUUGACUUUUCUAUCAACUACUCUACAGCGCAUUAAAAUCCCUCUUCAGUUUAUUGUGGGUGAUUAUAACGCCCAUAAUACAACUUGGGGUUAUGCUUCAACGGAUGAAAAAGGCCAUUCUUUGGAGGAUUUUCUAUCAGCACAUCAUUUAAUUCUACAUAAUUCAAUUGAUGCCUCUCCAAACUUUGACAGAAUUCAUUCAAGUGGAUGGCCGGAUCUUACUAUUAGUUCCACUUCUGCGGCUUCUCUUCUCCAGAACUGGACAGUUGAAGAUGAAAUUAGUCUUAGCGAUCAUCGCUAUAUUACAUUUACAAUAGCUCAGCCUACAACCAUUCAAAUUAUUCGACGCUACAAUCUGCCAGGCAAACGGAUACGUGGCUUUACUGAUCGUGUGAAAGCAUUAGUAAAUGAUCUCGAUGGUCAACUUUCUUCAGCCAAUACUCGGGCUGAUUUGGAGAAUUUCACGGUUGUUUUACAAAGGGGUCUUCAACAAAUCUGUAAUGAUCUUUUACCACAACGCCAUGCCAAAAAGCUAAAUAAUAUACAAUGGUGGAACAGUGAACUUCGUUCCCAGCAGAAGAAAUGCCGCGCUUUACGACGGCAAAUCAAAUAUGAGCGACGAAUGCAUCUGCCACCAACUUCGCUCCCUCUAUAUCAACAGGAGAGAGCAAAAUAUAAACGUUCAAUUUUACAAGCGAAAUUGAAUUCCUGGCAUGCCUUCUGUACCGAAUUCGCAUGA